GGACAAGUCCAGUCUGGUCCUCAGGUACGUCCUCCCCCUGCUGGAGUGGGGCCCCACCCUGCACCUCACAUUCCUCCAACAAGACACCAUCUUGUUUCCUUCCUUGUCUCCGCACACUCUCCACCAGCCAGCGCCCAACCAAGACCUUUUUUUGUUCCAGAAUGGGAUCCGUGGGAGUUCAGAUCGUCUGCGUGGCCCUGGGGGUCCUGGGCCUCAUCGGCGCCAUCGUGUGCUGCGCCGUGCCGAAAUGGAAGGUGUCCUCCUUUACGGGCGCCAACAUCGUCACCGCGCAGACUCAACAGGAAGGUCUGUGGACAUCGUGCGUGGUGCAGAGCACGGGUCAGCAGCAGUGCAAGAUGUACGACUCCCUGCUGGUGCUGCCCUCUGACCUGCAGGCUGCCCGCGCCAUGACCAUCAUCAGCUGCAUGCUGGCCGUCCUCAGCGUGCUCGUCCUCUUCUGCGGCGCCGACUUCACCACCUGCGUGGAAAACGAGGAAGCCAAGCCCAAGAUCAGCCUGGUGGCCGGCGUGGGCUUGCUGCUGGCCGGCCUGGUGCUCAUCAUCCCCGUCAGCUGGUCGGCGCACACGGUGGUGAGGAACUUUAACGACCCCCUGGUGGCCCAGACCCAGAAGUGGGAGCUGGGGGCCUGCAUCUUCGUGGGUUGGGGGGGCGGCGUGCUGCUGCUGUUGGCCGGGGGUCUCCUCUGCUGCUUCAGCAGGCCCAAGUCGGGCGGAUCCGGAGGGACCGCCAAGUACUACAGCAGCAGCGCCUCCGCCCCCAACAAGAACUACGUGUGAGGAGGACGGACCUGUUACCUCCAUUUUAUCUUUAGCCACAUUUAGCUGAGACGUCGAUGUAAAUAAUCUACACUUUAAAACAUUUUGUACAUUAAAGAUAAGAAGGUUUGGGCACAUAACCAUCCGAUCCAAAUCCUGGGGUGACGAUUCCAUUCAGAAUCGAUUCUCUAUUCAAACCGAUUCUCGCAAUAUAUUAUUUUGUAUAAAAAUUACAAUUAAACUUUUUCAAAACAGGUCACAGGUCAGAAAACCGCCUUAUGGUUGCAUGGAGAUGGUCUAAAAGGCUUUUUAAAAAUUGAUGCUUAGAAAAAGAAUAUAUAUUUACACACACACACACAUAUAUAUAUAUAUAUAUAUAUUAUAUAUGUGUGCGUGUGUAUGUAAAUGU